GAAGCCCAGUCAUGUGAAUCAGGAACCCAGUCGAAAUGCCGACGCCUCUGCGACAGCGCUAUUGCAACAUCAGGAAAUUCACUUGAUAACGCUAUUUCCUUGUUUUCCCAAAGUUUCCUGUACCGGUGUCGACCCAUCGCCGCUCUACGUUACAAGAAUUCGGAGAAAAGGGUAUAACAAUGGCUGGACUCUAUCCUCCAGUAGGUGGAAGCACCGCGUCCCAGUGUGUGACCAAGGUGGAGCUGAGAAUUGAAUGUAAGAACCUGAAGAAUAAAGAUGUCAUGUCCAAGUCAGACCCCUGUGCCGUGUUGUUCAUGCAGGCCGGCAGCCAGUGGAAGGAGGUUGGGAGAACGGAGAAUGUGGUGAACAGCUUGGACCCAGUGUUUGUCCAGCCCGUCAAGGUCGACUACUACUUCGAGCAGGUGCAGAAGGUGAAGGUCGCAGUGUAUGACGUGGACAACAAGUCCCAUACCCUUGAGGAUGACGACUUCUUGGGCCAGAUUGAGUGUACAUUGGGCCAGCUUGUGUCCCAGACCCCAUACAUCACGGCGCUGCUGGACAAGAAGGGAGGCAAGAUGGGCCAGAGCGCUAUCACUGUGAAGUCGGAGGAAAUAAAGGCUGGAUCAGACAAGGAAACGGUCAAUUUUGAUUUCAGAGCUGCCAAACUUGACAACAAGGACACAUUUGGGAAAUCAGAUCCGUAUUUGGAGAUUCUCAAGAAAGCUCCUGAUGGCACUUGGCAGGUUGUCCACAGAACCGAGGUAGUGAAGAACACGCUCAACCCAAACUGGCGUCAGUUCAGUGUGUCAGUCCACUCUCUGUGUGGCGGAGACAGAGACAGCGAGCUCAAGAUUGACGUGUACGACUGGGACAGUGAUGGGUCACAUGACCUGAUAGGGGGAUUCACCACCUCCCUCAAUGACCUGCUGAAAGCUGAGAAACAAGAGACUUCGUGGCCUUGCAUCAACCCAAAGAAGAAGGCCAAGAAGAAGAACUACACCAACUCUGGCAUCGUGAUGCUGUCAUCCAUACGGAUACUGAUUGAUUUCUCCUUUCUGGACUUCAUCAUGGGCGGCACACAGAUCAACCUGACAGUGGGCGUGGACUUCACGGCGUCAAAUGGUGACCCUCGUCAGCCAAACUCACUCCACUACUUCAACCAGCACCAGCCAACAGAGUAUGCACAGGCCAUCCAAGCUGUGGGCAACGUGGUGCAGGACUACGACAGUGACAAACUGUUUCCUGCUCUGGGGUUCGGGGCCCAGAUUCCUCCCAACAUGGAGGUGUCCUUUGAGUUUGCCAUGAACUUCAAUGCCCAAAAUCCAUUUUGCGCAGGGAUCCCUGGGGUGUUACAAGCGUACUACAACUGUGUGCAGAAUGUGAGGCUGUACGGUCCAACCAACGCUGCUCCCAUCAUCAACCACAUCGCCAGGUUUGCAGCCUCCGCUCAGCAGGAGGAGCCCAGCAAGGGAGCCUCUGCCUACUACAUCCUGCUGCUGCUGACCGAUGGCGAGAUCACUGACAUGGACAGGACAACAGAGGCAGUGGUCAAUGCCUCCAGCCUCCCUAUGUCCAUCAUCAUCAUUGGCGUAGGCGGGGCCAAUUUUGACGCCAUGAACUUCCUGGAUGGGGAUGACGGCGUACUGAAGACGCGGUCGGGUCAGAAAGCGCGUAGGGACAUAGUUCAGUUUGUGGCAUAUAGGGACUUCAAGAAAGUAAGUGAAAUGGCCUCGGCUGAGGAGCUGGCUCGCAACGUGUUGGCGGAGGUACCACGGCAGGUCACUGGUUACUACAAAAUGAGGAACAUCCAGCCUCGACCUAGAGCUCCAGCAGCAGCGCCACCUACUUCCUGAUCAGAAACACACAGAGUUAUCUCCCAUCUUUGAUGGUGCCAGUUCAGUUUUUAGUACAUAUGAAAAACUAACUAUAAUUACAUGAAGUAUCUAGUCUGUUUGCUUGAUAUGUAAUGAUAUAGCUAGUGGUUUUAUUGUAGGGCUAAGGCUGUAGCAGACAAGUAAUCUGAGUGUAUUUAGUUUGUUAACCAGUUGCAGUUUCAAUUAGGUAUAGGGUCUAUAUAUGGGCAUGCAAAAGACUUUCUAACAAAACCCAAAAAAUAGAUAUUUUCAUUCUUUGCCUAGCAAUGCAUACAUAAUUCUUCUUUAGUUUGUGUUUUAGCAAUUGAUGACAUAUAUGCUAGUUUGUUGUUGAACUGUUUCCAUAUUAUUGUGACUUGUUUCACUUUCUGCAAUCCUUCUUAAAAUCUCAUAGAAACAGUCAUAGGCAGCUUUUAGAGAAAUGCUUGUUUCUGUUCGUUUGCUUGUGUGCUCAUGAUGAUGAUGAUGAUGAAUGUAUGUCUGAAAAUGUAUUUGAGAACCACUGCUUGUACUUUUUGAUAACGAGACAUACUGAAUCUAUAUAUUUGUUAAGUUUCCAUAUGCAAUAUGCUUCUUUACAUAUGUAAUGUUAUUUUUUCCUAUUCGCUCCAAUAUAUGCAUGUUUUGUUAUGAUGGUGUAUAUGUAUACAAUAUUUAUGUUAUUAAAAGUUAUGAUGGUUUGAGUUGACAAGCCCUGCAGUGAUGAUGUUUGUUCGAAACAGGUGAUGCAAUGCUCGCUCGCUCGCUCACUCACUCACUCACUCACUCACUCACUCACUCACUCACUCACUCACUCACUCACUCACUCCUGUUUUGUUUCUGUUUACAUUGUUUAAAUCAUGAAUUUAAUGCACAUGACUUUCACAUAUUUAGUGCACGUAGACUGCCAUUUAUUGUAACAAUCAGGGUAGCUGGACAUGAGUUGAAUAUUCUAAUCUAAUCAGGGAUGGGCAUGAAGCGUGAAUAGUAUUUCCUGGUAAAUAUAUUGAUGUUAUGUGUGUGGUUUCCAUGACGACAAUCUACUUUUGAAAUAUGGGUCCUAUUGGGGUGUUAGAUGCAGUAGUCUAGUGGGUAGGGUGUUGACUGAUCACACAUAGCACCUGGGUUUGAUUCUGUGUGAAGCAUUACCUUGUGUCACUAACACUGCUCCCAGUGUGUAAGAAGAAACAAAACUGGGUGAUGGAGCGUCAUGGAAGAUUAGAUAAUCACUAGGGGAUAUUAACACACAAACAAUGGUCAAGAAUGUCAGUGUCAUGAUAAGUAGAAGGACACAGUGUCAGAUCAGACAUGUCUGAACCAAACAUGUGUUGGAACCCAAACAUGUCUGAACCAAACAUGUCUGAACCAAACAUGUGUUGGAGGUUAUUUGACUUGAGCUUCUGGUGUCUACUCAAGCAAAGAGACUUGAGACUUGAGCUUCUGUCUGUCAGUGGUGAAUGUGAGCAGGUACGAUGAGAUUAUACUGUGACACGUAACUUUCUCUAGCAGCUCCCCAGGAAGCUUAAAAUAAAUGAGUGCAGGCUGAUCCAUUGACUGGGUUAAUCAGUGUAAUGCUUCGAGAAUACGUUUGUGUGGAGUUAUUUGCUUUACAAGUGGACUUUUGUAACAUAUGUUAUAUUUGGGAUUACACUUUCUUAGUAAAGUACAGAUUCUAGUACUUUUGUUGGGUUGAGUCCCAUCCGGGAUAAGAACCCACACCCUCAGAGUCAGACACCUAAUCGCGAGCACACAAAGUCAGCCGCCUAAGUCGCUCAGCGACCAUAACUAUGACCAAAAGUACUAAAAUCUGUACUUUCCUAAGAAAGUGUAAUCCCAAAUAUAACAUAUGUUAUAUUUGACCACUUUCUAAAUGGCAUUGUGUAAUCGAACUUUUGUUAUUAUCAUAAUUAUUUUGAUGAUGAUUAUUAUUAUUCACUUCUAUAAAUGUCCCUUUAUGAUGUCACAUGAUCCCAUUACUGUUUGCUGUUUUUUUUUAAUCAGUGUUAUAUGAUAUGUUUGUUAAGGAAUCAUGGACAUUACAAUAAUUACAAUAUCAAUGUUAAUAAUCAUCAGAUAAAGUUAUCUUCUGAAGUUUUAAUAUAGAUAGAAUAAUUUUGAUCUGAAAACAGACUGCUGAUCAUUUCUAGUUAUUGGCAGCAUGUCAUGGUAAGUGUGUGUGGUAAAUGUCAGUCAUUCUAUGUUAAAUGAACUGGGCUGAGUGUUUGCUUGUGCCUUAACAUUGUACAAAACCUUAGGUCAAUUUAUCCUGUAAUAACCUUCAGCUGUGAUAAACACAUAGGUAAAUAUAUUAUAUUUUAUUGAAGUAUUGAACAGUUACUGUCUGCAAAGUGAUGUGGUGUUGAGUGACCUUCAUCCAGUCACCUACUGCUGCAGUGGUGGAGAGCAUGGGCUCUGUGAGAUUACCGUAUAUUUCAAUCUCCUGUUUCAUAUAGGAUCAUGUCAUUAGGUAUGUUAUGUCAUGUUUUAGAGGCCAGUUGAUCAUCCAUAAAGUCUUGUCAUCUCGAUACUACCAUCUUCUAGAAUGCCACUCAAACAUAUCAUUUUGUUGUGAAAUUGCGGGUUCAGAUGAUGUUUGUAACACUCAUUAUUCCAAACCUAGCUAGGCUACCUCUGUUCCCAGCUCUGUUCAUUGAAGUAAUGGACAAACAAAAUUUAUCAGGGUAUAGUACCAGGGUAUAGUACCUUUAUUAAUUCAUAUCAUGCUGUCAUAGUGUUUUUUCCAUCUCUAGUUAGCCUCCUGUUUUUCUCUUGGUAACCAUUCAAACACACUGUUUAAAACUGUAUUUCCCAUAGUUUGAACAGUUUUUUACUACCGUCAAGCAUUCUUCCUCCCUUAAGACCAUUAGGGAAGAGUCCUUCAGUCUCACAUGGAUAUUUUAACAGUGUUGUGUUUGGCCUAGUAUUGUCUAGCAUUCCUCCUCUCAGAGACUAAUAGAACAGUCUUGGCUUUGUCCUAUCUCAGUCUUUCAUGGAGCUGUCUUUGGUAAAAAACAGUCUGUGGUUCAGAUGAGAAAUUCUCCAUCACACUGUUACUGCAUGAAGAAGCAGAUACAACAAUCCCCAUUGGAUCUGUGGAGCCAAAUUUUACAGUCUUUUUCAUCCGGUUUCGAAGUAGUCUACAAAUAAAAAACAGCAACGGGAAUAGAUUGUCCAAAGAUAAUGAAUCUACUCAGCAGUUGUCAGUAGAUAAUGGUUUGAAUAGAUCAUGUGCCUUGAACAGAUCAUCAGUAGAGACUAACAGAUUGUCAGCAGAUUUUGUGUCUAUUUAACAGAUUGUCAGUCGUUACUGUGACUAUGUCGUUGCAAUAUUGUUGGCUGUGGUUCCCAUGACGACAGUGGUCAGACUGGUCUUACAGUUGUAAGGCUUCAGUGCAGUUUUUGUUUACAUCACAGAAAUAAACAAAUCCAUUUCUUGGGGGUUUUAGGGGACGCUCACGGUGAAAUGCUCACUCUUCUUCCUCACAUAGAAUAUCAAAGCCACCAUUUUGGUUUCUCUACGAUUGAUUUUAGCGAUCCUACGUUGGUCAUGAGCAACUUAGACUUUGGAUCUUAACUUUACGAUUGACUUGGGUAAGACUGGUUAGUGGGACGGUAUGCCGAUCUUAACGUCACGCUAAGAUUGGAAUUUUAUGGGUUUACGAUUGGCGUAGGGCUAAGAUCGGUUAGUGGAACGGCACCCAGUCCCAUAGCAGAUUAAAUAUUGUCCGUAGACUGUCAGUAGAUCUUUGUUGUUCGGUGUCCUGUGACAACAGUAUGUAUGACAUGAAGGAAAAUCAUUUACAUAAUAAGUAUCUAAUCUCACUGAAGCAAUUUUGCUAUAUGCUUAAAACACUUAUAUCUUAUAGAAAUCUCUAUUUUGCAUGAAAUUAAUAUACACAAUUUUAUAUUAUGUUUACUUUAGUAAAUACAACUGUCAUGGUAACA